CUCUCACAAAUAAAUGGAUUCGGCUGUGAUUGAGAUUGAAAAGACUGCUGCUUACAUUGCGAGCUAUGAGAAUAAGGCAGAGGUCGACUUUGAGCACUGUGUGACCGACCAUCUGCGCGUGUCGGGCAUCUACUGGGGCCUGAAUGCACUGUGUCUGAUGGGCAUGCCAGAUCGCCUGAACAGAGCGGCGACGGUCGCAUACAUUCGCGACUGCCAGCAACCGAACGGCGGCUUUGCGGGAGCACUGGGACACGACGCAACGAUGCUGCAUACAUACAGCGCAAUCCAAGUCCUCUUGUUGGAGAAAUCACUGCGAUCUACGGAUGGAACUAUGGCUGAUACGAUUGAUAUUGCUGGCGUUAUACGUUAUGUAGCUGGUUUGCAACAACCAGACGGAUCUUUUGCGUGCGAUGAAUGGGGCGAGCGAGACACAAGAGCAACGUACUGCGCAAUCGCCACGCUCUACCUGCUGAACGGACUCGACUCAAUCAAGGUGGAUGCUGCAGUUGCACAUCUAAUGAGAUGCCAGAAUUGGGAUUUUGGAUUCGGAAGUGUGCCUGACACAGAGUCGCAUGCAGGUCAAAUAUUCUGCUGUCUUGCGACGCUCGCGAUCUUGAAUCGACUUUCACAACUAGACCAACGCGCGCAGCAACAGCUCUCCGACUGGCUGGUUGAGCGGCAGCGUGAUUCUGGCGGCCUGAACGGACGUCCUGGGAAGAUUCAUGAUGCGUGCUACGCUUGGUGGACUUUGGCUUCGCUUGCCAUUUUAGACCCCUCUGGCUGGAAGUCCCGUAUCAAUCUAGAAGGCGCGUGUCAAUACUUGAUCUCGACACAAAAUCGUUCUACGGGAGGGCUUGCCCCUCGACCGAACGAGCGAGCCGAUGUUUUUCACACCCAUUUCGCCAUUGCGGGACUGGCCCUCCUUGGCCAUGCAUCCAUCCAGGCCGUCGAUGCUAGAUUUUGCUUGCCCACGUUGGCAUUACAGCAGUAUCUCUCCCAGACGCCUUAAGUCGUGCACGGUGGACGAGCCGAACAUCGCUUGUGUUUUGGGUUGUCCUGUUCUACGACAAAAAAGUGUAUUUCCGCACCGUCACCAACAAAGAACAGUAAACUACACGCAAGACAUCAAUACAAUCC